AUGCAGGCAGCCCCGCUGGGCGGCUCGGAGGCCGGCUACAUCCGCACCGUCUCGGGCCAGCAGAUCCUGGGCCAGCUGGACGCCUCCAGCCUCGCCUUGCCCGCCACGCUGCGCGGCGGCCGCGCCCCGGCGCAGAAGUCCCUCCGCCUCCAGCGGCAGGUCCAGCAGACCCUGGCCCGCAAGAGCAGGGGCGCCGCGGGCAACGGGAGCCUGCAUCGUACCGCAAGCGUUCCAGAAUAUGUGCAUCAUCUCGAUACGGUUGAAACGGACUUUGCUUCACGACCUACUGUUAGAACUUUGUAUUAUCAGUCUCAUCAGAAAAACUCCCCAGUUACUUAUGAAAAUGGCUGGGGUCCUCGAAGUGUGCAGUACAAUUCAUACAAGUCCAUGGAAGAGAGGUCUCAAAGGCAGCCCCUGAAGAGACUAGAGGUUUCUCCUGAUGGUCCCGACAAGUUGGCUUAUCUACAGAAUGGCCUGCAGUACAGCAGAGGUCUCAGUCUACGGCCUGGAGAAAGCUGGAGAUCCAGUAUUGUGCCACCGAGAUAUGCUCGCUCUGAGGCUGGUGGCUAUGGUAGCUCCAGCCUUUUACAUAGAGGGAGCGGCUUCCAAAGGCAUUUCUAUGUGGGGCCUGCCCAUGAGACCAUGGUCGACAGUGUCCCUACCAGCCCAAGAGUGCCAGUCUAUCAGCAAAUUAGGAAUAGUCGUAGCAUGACCAACCUUUUGGAUAAAGAGAGCUACCAGAAUUCUGAUGCUGCUGUGGGACAAGUCAGGUCACCCAUGACUUCCCAAAUGGGAUCUCAAUACAGGCAGUCGAUGAGGUCCAGUUGGCAUCAGAGUACCUUCCAGACACAGGGCCAGAGGGAGGCCUCUCAGCGAGGUUCAGUCACCAGUGCUACAGCUGAGACGGGUGGGAAGAGGAUAACAGCAGCUAUGGCAGCCGUAUCAGGAAGUGGUCUCUUAGAGCAAGAAAGAGUAGCCACCACCAGCAGGUCUCAACUUGGGAGUCCAGAAGAGGAGAUGACUCUGGAGCUUGCUGUACGUAUACUGCAAACUGAGAAGGCCUCAUCCCCUCGAGUCCUUACAGCUAUUGUUUUUAUACAGCAUGAGAGCUUCCAGAGAGCAGAUGCCAGGAGGAAAGUUUAUUUGCUGCAAGGUAUUCCCAAGCUCCUUGAAGUUCUCAAUGUGCAAAAUGAGGAAAUUCAGAGGGUGGCCUGUGGUGCUUUGAGGAACCUGGUGUAUGAAGACAAUGACAACAAGCUGGAAGUGUCAGAGCAGAAAGGAAUCUCGAUCUUAUUGAGGUUAUUGCGGCAAACAGGAGAUGUGGAGACAAAAAAGCAAAUUACAGGUUUGAUGUGGAACCUGUCUUCCAAUGACCAGCUGAAGAACUUGUUGAUCCGAGAUGCCCUGCAGCCUUUGACCGACACGGUUCUCAUCCCUUACUCAGGCUGGCCGGAAAGAGACUAUCCCAAAUCGAGUGUUGUACCUGACCCUGAUAUUUUCUACAAUGCUACAGGCUGCCUGAGAAACAUGAGCUCUGCUGGUCCUGAAGGAAGGAAAAAGAUGAGAGAAUGUAAUGGGCUGAUUGAUUCUUUGGUUUAUUACAUACAAGGAACAACUGCAGACCAUCAGCCUGAUGACAAGGCCACAGAGAAUUGUGCGUGCAUUCUUCAUAAUCUCUCCUACCAAUUAGAGUCUGAGCUCCCAAGCAGUUAUACCCAAAAUAUCUAUACACCAAGAAGAGACACUUCCCCCAACAACAAUAGCAUUGGAUGUUUUGGAUCAAGGAGCAGGAAAGCAAAGCAGAACCAGCAGGACCUGCCAUUGCCAGAGGAAAAAAGCAACCCCCUUGGCAUUGAAAAACUCUGGCACUCCACACUGAUAAGGAUAUAUCUGUCCUUAAUAGCAAAAAGCACAAGGAACUUUACCUGGGAAGCAUCAUUGGGAGCGCUCCAAAAUCUCACAGCAGGCAACGGACCAAUGCCAUUUGCGGUAGCCCAAAUCAUUGUUCAGAAGGCCAACGGCCUCCCAAGUAUUCAAAGCAUGCUUCAUGUGAGCAAUCCAAGCGUCAGGAAAACAGCGGUCUCCCUGAUCAGGAAUUUGUCUCGUAACACCUCGCUACGGAAUGAGAUAGCAAGGGGAGUCUUGUCCGAUUUGGUCGCCAUACUUCCAGAUUUUGUCUCACAUUCUGACAUUGCCAGUGAGACCACCGCUUCGGCCUGCUAUGCGUUAUACAACCUAACUCAGAACAGCUCCCAGAAUGCUCGGCUUCUCCUGAACUCCGAUGAUGGCAUCUCAAAGGUUAUGAACAUCAGCACAAGUGAGAGCAAAGCCGGUAGAGCUGCUUCCAUCCUCUUGUAUUCUUUAUGGUCUCACGUUGAUCUCCACGGUGCCUACAAAAAGGCUGGCUUUAAAAAGACUGAUUUUAUCAAUAACCGGACAUUGAGAGCCUACAAUUCACUCAAAGACUGAAAAAGAGGCAACAAAAGCCCCAGGAGAAUGAUGAAACCAUUUGGAAAUUUGGGCAGCCAUCUUUGGUGCAUCAACCCACCAGCAAGAAUUUCGGAGCACCUUCCAGAGGAGGCUGAUUUUAUACUUUCAAUGCAUGAUGAGAAGAAAAUGUGCCCCCUCCAAUGUUAUCUGCCUUAUACCAUGGUUUUGUAGCCAGUGUCAACUCAGGAC